UUUUUCCUAAAUUUUCACCAAGAGCAAGCAUGACACGGUAAAGCUGUGGAGCCGAUUUAUGAAUAGUGACUACCUCUUUCCGCCUGUGGGCGGUUUUGUCCUUUGCGACUCGCUUGUGGCUGCUACAGCGACCUUCCUGCAUCUCUGGCGGCAGCAGCACUAGGAGCUUCCCGCGGCUCCUCCUGCUUGUCUUUAUCAGGUGAGGAGGUCGACUGAAGACAGAUUUCUGCGGAUGCUGGUCAUGGAUGAAGAGUUGACGCCUCUGGAUUGCCUGCUACCGUCAGGCACACAACGGAUCUGUCUGAUCAUUCUGAACCAGCCCCUGGAUAAAGACUACCUACACAUCCUCUGGAGUAAAGCUCUCUUGAGGGCGUGUGCUGAUGGAGCUGCAAACCACCUUUAUAAUGUCACUGCAGGAGAGCGCGACAGUUUUCUUCCAGACUAUAUCAGUGGGGAUUUUGAUUCCAUUACCACCGAGGUCAAAGCUUUCUAUGCAGACAAGGGCUGCAGAUUGAUAGAAACAGCAGACCAGGAUCUAACAGACUUCACCAAGUGUCUGGCCAUCAUGGUGGAGGAGAUUCACAGACGACAGCUACAGGUGGACACCAUAGUGACUCUGGGUGGUCUGGCAGGCAGGUUGGACCAGACCAUGGCAUCGGUCGAGACCCUCUACCACUCUUUGACCAUGACACAGCUCCCCCUUCUGGUCAUACAGGGGACCAGCCUGGCCUGUUUACUCAGACCGGGCAGCCACAGACUGCAGGUGAACACAGGCCUGGAGGGCGAGUGGUGCAGCCUCAUCCCAGUAGGUGGGCCUUGUCAAACACUCACCACCGGCCUCAAGUGGAACCUGAGUAACCAGGUCCUGCAGUUCGGCAAGCUGGUGAGCACCUCCAACACCUAUGAGCCUGUUGCCCCCGGAGAGCCCAGGAAGCCUGUGACCGUGACCACAGACCAGCCACUGCUGUGGAGCAUGGGCAUCUGCAAGGUCAAGAAAUGACCCAGGAGAGAUCUCUCCUCCCUGGUGACAGCAGACCAAUCAGGGAAGAGAUCUCACCAUGCCUAAGUUGCGACUUUACCCACAGCACAACUACGACCAAAUCAGUGUAGUUUUUACAGUAAGUGUGUAGUACUAGGACAGAAGCAAAAGCACAUUUAGCAUGUGUGACACAUGGUUCACUGAAAGAUGUUUUACUGAACAUUAAGUGACAAAUAAUGAUGAAGUCUUGGCCAGCUCUGCACUGAAAAUCAGGCUGCUGGGAACAAAAGCUCACCAUAGCGGUGACUGUGAUUUAUUUCAGGAUUGAUUGCUUCUUCUUUUUUAAUGAAGGGAACUAUGGCCACAAAUGUGCAUGUCUAUUUUGAUUAUAUUCUUGGAUCACUUGCAAACCUCUGCUUGGUUUUACAUAGAAGUAACAUGUCCUGUAUUAAUUCAUUGUUUCAAGUUAACUUGCUGUUAGUCUUUGCUGAUGAAAAUACAGCUGACGGCAAGAAUCAGGCCUUACUCUAAACCAGUCAGGUUUCUACCAAAGUAUUUUGUAGAGAAAGUCACUCCACUAUACUUAACAUGAGGUGUCAUCAUACAUAUCUUCCUUGUUGUGCCAAUAUCUGCUUUGCAUCACAGACUUUGUGCCUUUUAGUGCGCCUAUCCUCCUAUUCACUUUCCUCCUGCAGGAAAGUGAAUUAAUACAUCCAUUAAUACAUUAAUACAUCCAUAUAUUUCACUGUAUUGUGCCUUUAAUGAGCUGUAGCUUUGUUACUAUGCCACUUCUAAAAUUACAACCACUACCACCACAGUGAAAGCAAGGCCAGCUGCUGACAGGACAAUGUAGUCUGUGGGUUUCCAUGAUUUAUUAACACAGGCAAGUACAAAUUUUGUGUACAGAAUGUAAAAAUGACAUCCCCAAUCCCACCACCCCAAUAACACUUUACACCACUGUCUCCUGUCCGUCCAUGCCGCAGUUCUGAAGUUGUGUUUGACCAGAAUUUAGCCGCCCCUGGAGAGGGAAAAAAGACAGGAUUAGCAUAAGGAUCGGAAACUGAAGUUACUUUCCUUUAUUGCAGCAGCACAAGUGUUAACUGGAAAAAUAAAGAUGUCAUAUCAGAAUAUAUUUUGCUCUAUGGUAAACAGUUUUAUCGACCAUGUAAACUGAUUAAAACAGUGCUUAUUGAGGCCAUUCCCCAAAAGACAGUGACAGAGGUUUUGUUAAUCAAUCUUUAAUAGAGACUGUACAUCAUAAUAUGAUUAAAAAUAUGGAUCACUUAUUUCUAUCCAACUACAGACUGCACUUUGGGAUGCUGAAACCUCACUAUCAUCACUUGGACAGCCUAAAUAGCCUGUACUUGAGAAAUGUUUUAUACUUUUCUGAAUAAUAAAAUCACAAAUGCAAC